AACUGCUUUCUCAGCCAUUCCUCUUAGCUAUCUCUUUCGUCUUCUUCCUCCUCUCCUCUCAGUUCUCCUGUUCCUUCUCUCAUGGCAGCAACAACAUCAUCAAGUACUUCUGCAGAAGCACUUCCCAAUCUAAGAAUCGUAGUAGAAAGCAACCCUUCCAAUUCACGAUUAUCUGAGUUGGGUAUUAACUCAUGGCCCAAAUGGGGAUGUCCACCGGGGAAGUACACAUUGAAGUUUGAUGCAGCAGAGACAUGUUAUCUGUUGAAAGGCAAGGUGAAGGUUUACCCUAGAAAAGGCUCGUCGUCAUCUGAUGAGGAGUUUGUAGAGUUUGGUGCUGGAGACCUUGUGACCAUUCCCAAGGGACUCAGUUGCACAUGGGACGUCUCAGUUGCUAUUGAUAAACACUACAAAUUCGAUUCUUCAUGAUCAUAUCAUCUUCAUCAUCUUAACUAAUUAACUAAUUAAGCUAUCUUCCAUUAAUUCCUGUAGCUUCUAGUUAAUUUGCUUCUAGUUUAUGUUUAAACAUGAAGGGCCUGUAAUUAAGCAAAAAUUCUACAAUGCACCGAAGCACUAAACGGUUAAAUUAAUAUGGGUGGAUUUUGAGUUUCUUAACGUUCAAA